AUGAGGGUCUCCGCAGCGCUUCUGUGCCUGCUGCUGGCAGCUGCCGCCUUCAGCCUCCAGGCGCUCGCCCAGCCAGGUGCAUUCAGUGCCCUGUUCCCUUGCUGUUUCACGUUUAACAAUAAGAAGAUCCCUUUGCCGAAGCUGACGACCUAUCGAAUCACCAGCAGCCACUGUCCCCAGACAGCUGUCAUCUUCAGGACGAAGCUGGCCAAGGAGAUCUGUGCUGACCCGAAGGAAAAAUGGGUCCAGGAGUAUGUGAAACAGCUCAGUCAAAAAUCUCGUGCCCUGAAGCCUUGA